AUGAUAUCCCGCUUUCUUUCUUUUUUUCUUUCUUUCUUUCUUUCUUUCUUUCUUUCUUUCUUUCUUUCUUUCUUUCUUUCAUAUUUUAUUUACUUCCUUUCUUUUAUAGUUUCUUUUUUCUGGCACAUUUUCUUUCUUUUUUCUUUCUUUUCCAUUUUUUGUUUUCAUAUUUUCUUUCUUUCUUUCUUUCUUUCUUUCUUUCAUUUUAUUUACUUCCUUUCUUUUAUAAUUCUUUUUUCUUUCUUACACAUUUUCUUUCUUUUCUCUUUCUUGCAUUUUCUUUUUGUUUUCAUAUUUUCUUUCUUUCUUUCUUUUCUAUUUCAUAUUUUCCUUCCUUCCUUUCUUUUUCUCUUUUUCUUUUUAUCUUUUUCUUACACCUUCCAUGAUUUUCUUUUUCUUGCAUUCUUUUUCCUUCCUGUUUUCCUUCUUUUUCUCUCUUUCUUUCUUUCUUUCUUUCUUUUUUUCUUUCUGUCUUUCUUUCUAACUUUCUUUCUUUAUUUAUUUAUUUAUUUACUUAUUCAUUCAAGUCCGCUUUUUUCCCAUAUGUUUGCUUCCAAAUUUCGUUUCUCCAAUUACAAGUAUUUCAGAUCUUCGUCCGCUUCCUUCUACCUUCUUUCUUUUUUUGUCGAAAUUAUUCUUUCUUUCUUUAUUUCUUUCUAUCUUUCUUUCUUUUUUCAUUCAUUCAUUGUUUGUUUCUUUCUUUCUUCCUUCCUUUCGUUCGUUCGUUCUUUCUUUUAUUCUUCCUUUUACUUCCCUAUUUUUAUUCUUUCCUUUCUUCUUCUUUUUUCUUUCUUUUGUUCUUUUCUUUCAUUCUCUGAUAUUAUUAUCAUUCUCUCUCUCUUUCCCUCUCUCAAUAUCUCUCUGACCCCGCCUUCUUCGGCGUCACGUGACCGUCUGGCCGCCGGCGGGGGACACCACGCACUCAUUUUUGUUAUAAAAGUCUCGACACUGAUUCUUUUAUGUGCAUUAUUCGAGUUGUUGUUUCUCUUCUUAUUCUAA